AUGAUUCCGUAUCGCCUUGCACAGAAAAUGGGUUUCUCCCUACUCGCCGUUGUUGUUGCUUUGACAGCAUCUAUGUCUGGCAAUUAUGCGAAACAGGCAAUUGCUGCAAUAACUUGGUUUGUGCCGCUAAUGGAGGAGAUUUGGUCUGCAGGACGCGGUCCUAGCCUGCUUAAAAUGAAUCCGGCAGCUCAAGCGGCAUGUCGCGAUAAUUGUGGCCUUGCAACUACGGAUUGCGAGACCAGCUUUGUUCCACAGAUGUCCCUUGCUGCGCUAGAUGCACUUGACAACCUUUCGACGGAUAUCCUUGAGAUGUAUCCUGGCGCCAGAACAUUGUGA